AUGACAGAGGAAAAUAAGACAAUGGUAACGGAAUUUAUUUUGGUAGGACUCUCGGACCAUCCCAGGGCUCAGAUUGUGCUCUUCUGCCUUCUUCUGGUUGUCUACUUGACCACUCUAUCUGGCAAUGGUUUUAUGAUUUUAGUCAUAGUUGCUGACUCUCACCUCCACACCCCUAUGUAUUUCUUCCUCAGCAACCUCUCCUUGAUAGACAUUUUCUACACUACUACCAGUGUACCAGAAGUCCUGGCUAACUGCAUAACUCACAGAACGUCUAUUUCUGUCAUGAACUGUUUGGUUCAGAUGAAUUGUGGCCUCUUUCUUGGAAUGACUGAGUGUCUCCUUCUAGCUGUCAUGGCAUAUGACUGUUUUGCUGCUGUGUGCCACCCCCUUCAUUACACUUUAAUGAUGAACAACAGGCUCUGCGUCAUUUUGGUGGCCUCAUCUUGGAUUACAGCUUUCCUGCUGACUGUAGUUCCUAUAUUUUUCAUGCCAGUGGAAUUCUGUGGUCCUAACAUCAUUAAUCAUUUUACGUGUGAGGCUCAGGCUGUCUAUAAAUUGGCCUGUUUGAACGCCCGCAUCAAUGAGAUUUUCUCAAUUGCUCGAGGCAUUCCCAUCCUGGUUGUGCCCUUCAUCUUCAUCAUGGUGACAUACAUCCGUAUUGGCCUGGCAGUGCUGAAGAUCUGCUCAGCACAGGGGCAGAGCAAAGCAUUCUCCACUUGUGGUUCUCACCUGAUUGUGGUCAGUAUAUUCUAUGGUUCAGCCAUGUCCAUUUACCUUCGGCCUCAGGAUUCCCACCAGGACAAGCUGAUUUCCCUAUUCUAUGGGGUGGUAACUCCUAUGCUCAACCCCAUGAUCUACAGUUUGAGAAAUAAGGACGUAAAGGGAGCUGUGUACAGAGUGAUCAGGAAGAAAGCCCCUGAAUGA